CUUUUUUUCGCAUUUGUAAAUGAAGAAAAGUUUUCUGAAAAUGGAUGGACGGUGUACACUCCAAUGUCCGAAUACAGGAGACAAGGACUGCCUAAUGAACGGUGGCGAGUAACUUUCAUUAAUGAACAUUACGGACUGUGUGACACAUAUCCAUCGCUCUUAGUAGUGCCAUAUAAUGCAACAGAUGAUGAUCUCAAGAAAGUUGCUGCCUUUAGGUCACGAAAUAGAAUCCCGGUUCUGUCAUGGAUUCAUCCAGAGACUCAAGCUGUUAUUAUGCGCUGCAGUCAGCCCCUUGUUGGAAUGAGUGGCAAGCGGAAUAAAGAUGAUGAAAGAUAUCUUGAUAUCAUCAGGGAGGCUAACGGGCAAAUCUCAAAACUGACCAUCUAUGAUGCUAGGCCCAAUGUCAAUGCAGUGGCGAACAAGGCAACUGGGGGAGGAUAUGAAGGUGAAGAUGCGUAUCCCAAUGCAGAACUUUUCUUCUUGGACAUUCAUAACAUUCAUGUCAUGCGGGAAUCUUUGAAGAAGUUGAAGGACAUUGUGUAUCCUAAUGUGGAAGAAUCACACUGGUUGUCGAGUCUGGAAUCAACCCAUUGGUUAGAACAUAUAAAGCUUGUCUUGACAGGAGCUAUUCAAGUGGCAGACAAGGUAUCCUCAGGCAGGAGCUCUGUGUUGGUUCACUGCAGUGAUGGCUGGGACCGGACCGCACAGCUGACAUCGCUGGCCAUGUUGAUGCUAGACAGCUACUACAGAACAAUUGAAGGCUUUGAAGUUCUGGUGCAAAAAGAGUGGAUAGGCUUUGGACACAAAUUUGCAUCGAGAAUAGGCCACGGUGAUAAAAAUCAUGCUGAUGCAGACAGAUCGCCCAUCUUUCUCCAGUUUAUUGACUGUGUGUGGCAGAUGUCUAAACAGUUUCCUACGGCCUUUGAAUUCAAUGAGCAGUUCUUGAUUACAAUCCUGGAUCACUUGUACAGCUGCCGGUUUGGUACUUUCUUGUAUAACAGUGAGUUUCUUAGAGAAAAAGAGAAAGUGACUGAGAAAACAUUAUCGUUAUGGUCUUUGAUAAACAGUGAAAAAUCUAAAUACACCAAUCCUUUUUAUACUAAAGAGCUAAAUCGAGCACUGUAUCCAGUAGCCAGUAUGCGUCAUUUAGAGCUCUGGGUCAAUUACUACAUCAGGUGGAACCCAAGAAUUCAGCAACAACCAAAUCCAGUGGAGCAGCGUUACAUGGAGCUCCUUGCGUUACGUGAUGAUUAUAUAAGGAGACUUGAAGAACUACAGAUCACAAAUAAUUCUAAGAUACCCAAUUCAUCAGCCUCAUCUGCAUCUCCCUCACAAAUGAUGUCCCAAGUACAAACACAUUUUUGAAGAAAAUGUUGGCUUCGUUCUAUACUGUAAUAGCAAGUGGUGCUUAACAUAGAUCUA